UUUGCACCGCCAAUGGAAGUUCGCAGAGAGUUUCUCCGCCAGCUUUGGUAAUGCACACCAAACUCCGUACUAUCACACCCUUCUAAUGUGAUUGUAGCCGCAAUGUACGUUAUCGGCGGUAUUCGCGCAACGUUUUACAUUGGUCUUGAAGCCGGAGGUCCCGCGGCCUACUGGUCUUCGUAUCUGGUCACCAUGGUCUUCACCAUGAUCACUGCCGCCGUCUUGGCCGAGAUCUGCUCCGCCCUCCCCGCAGCCGGCUCGAUUUACUUCUGGGCUGCUGAAGCUGGAGGUCCCAAGUAUGCUCGACUUUUCGGAUUUCUAGUCGCCUGGUGGUCCACUACAGCAUGGUCAACCUUCGUAGCCUCUCUCUGCCAGAGUACUGCCAACUUUAUCCUCUCAGAGCUCCCUGUCUUUGGCGUUACCUCUCUCAUCACCGACGUAACCGACGUCAAGUUCCGCGCGGUCCAGUGGAUUGUCUCCGAGGGCAUUCUCUUCCUCGCAAUUGGCAUGAAUUACCUCAACCCUAAGACGUACAAGUGGAUCUUCAGAAUUGCGACAGCUCUGAUCGUCCUCGACUUCAUCCUGAACAUCAUCUGGUUCCCUAUCGCCGUGUCUCAGACCUACGGUUUCCAGUCUGCAAAGUUUGCCUUCACCUCCACGAACAAUCUGACUGGUGCUCCUCCUGUUUGGAACUGGAUGCUGUCUUACUAUGUUACUGCUGGCAUUCUUGUUGGAUUUGAAGCCUCUGGACACAUUUCUGAAGAGACACAAAACGCAAAUGUCGUCGCUGCCAAAGGUAUCUUCACGUCUGCUCUGGUCUCGGCAUUGAUGGGAUUCCCCAUGGUCAUCCUCUUCUUGUUCUGCUGCCCCGAUCUUAGCGAGUUCAACUUCAACUACCCUCAGCCAUUUGUUGGCAUCUACGCACAGGCUAUGGGUAAAGGAGGUCAUCUGGUUAUGAACAUUGUCUGCAUCCUUGGACUUUUCUUCAAUACCACUGUUAGCGGUGUUGCGUCAUCUCGUUUGAUUUGGGCUGUCGCUCGCGAUGGCGUCUUGCCGUUCUCUGGAUGGAUCUCUGCGGUUUCUGCCAACAAAGAGCCGAGGAACGCAGUAACAGUCAUGUUGGUGUUCGCCGCGAUACUUCUCUGCACCAUCCUGCCUUCUGCUACUGCGUUUGCGUCUUUGGUCUCUGCCGCCGGUGUUCCCACCAUCACAGGUUAUGCCUUGAUUUGCUUUGGUCGCACUUUCUUGACUCCAGGAGAGUUCAAAAACGCACCAUGGUCUCUGGGACGUUGGUCUCGCCCUCUGAACUUCAUCGCUCUCAUCUGGAACCUCUAUUUGGCUGCAGUUCUGUUCUCCCCUCUUCAGUUCCCUGUCGUUGGCGAGAACUUCAAUUACUCUCCUGUCAUCUUCGGUGCUAUCACCAUCUUCGCCCUACUCUCUUGGUGGUUUAUGCCCGAGGACCAGUGGCUCCCCGCUGCUCGCCUGGGCAAGGUUCGCAUGCUCGAGGAAGAGUUGAACGCAAACAGAACUGGUCGUAGUUCUAGUAUCUCGGGCCCCUCAUCGUAAGAGAUUCAUUGCUAGCCCCAAAUGACUGG